AUGAGGACGCUGGCGAUCACGAUAUGUUUGGUGUUUGCACUUGCAGCUACGAUAGCCGUACCUAUUAAAGAUGUCGGUAACGACCCUAAAUCAACCAGGGAGAAGCGCUCACCGAGCGGCUGGCAUUCAGAACCGGAAGGAGUUUGGAAGAAAAAGCUUGUCUGGAAGGAAGAGUGGAAACAAAUUUGGAAAACUGAAAAGAAAUUAAUUUGGAAAACAGAAUGGAAAAAAGAAAAGGUGCCUGCUUGGAAGACGGAGCAGAUACAACAAUGGAAAGAAGAACAAGUACCAGAUUGGAAAAUAGUACAAAAGCCGAUUUGGAAGGAAGUUCAAGUACCCAUUUGGAAAGAAGUCCAAGUACCUGAUUGGAAAAAAAUAUGGAAACCAGUCUGGAAAGAAAUAGAAGUCCCGAUUACAAAAGAUGUUCAGGUGCCCGAAUGGAAACAGACAUAUGUGCCUGAGUGGGUUAAAGAAGGCAUUCCUGGUGAAAAGUUUUUGGGUAAAGAUGACCAUGGUUGGGAAUAUACCAGCCACGACUUGUGGAGGAAAAAGAUGAUUUGGAAACCAGUAUGGAAAAAAAUUUGGAAAACAGUACAAAAACAAGAAUGGGUUAAGGACAAAAAGCUGGAAUGGAAAGAGGAAUGGAAACAAAUUUGGAGAACUGAAAAGAAACAAGAAUGGGUUACAGAGAAGAAACAAGAAUGGGUUGAGGAAAAGGUUCAAGUAUGGAAAACAAUUAAAAAAGAAAUAUGGGUACCCGUACAAAAGAAAAUCUGGGUAGAAAAAUGGAAACAAAUUCAAGUACCUGUUUGGAAAACGAUUGAGGUGCCAGCAUGGAAAAAAGUGUGGAAACCAGUUUGGGAGAAGGUUUGGGUACCAAUCCACCAUGAACAUCACGGAUGGGAUUAA